AUGGCUGAUCGAUUCCGACCCGCCGGACCCGCGGAAGACCUACCACCAUACUACCAGGAGCUAUGCGAUGAGAAUAUACAGCACUGUUUUCGAGACUUCGAUGUCGAGCGUAACUUUGACGUGUUCGAUCGACAGACUCGCAAUCCCCAGAGCCUUAAUUUCUGUCUUGACUUUGGCGAGCAUGAUGCGUAUUGCGCUUUCGACCUUGAUGCUUCAUCAUACGACAAACUAUUAGCUACACCCAGGCCCACUUACUUGCAUACUCGAUGGAUCAAUAUCUGGAUGCCAUACAACCAAAAGGAUCUGAUCCGUACCCUGGCUAGGCACUUCGACUUCACCCCCCGGCUUCUGGGCACCAUGUGCAGUGAUCCGGUCCCACCGCGACCUACGUCCUUGCACAGAAAGAAGAGUUCAUCAACAUUAAGGUCCCGCCUUAGUAACAAGUCAAAUCAAUCGGGGUCGAUCAAAGCAAGAGCGAGGGAGGCAAAUGAAGCAAGUCUCGACUUCGAGUCAAGCAUUGGAAUGAGUGAGAUGAUGCACUCCACACAACUUGAGAUGGUGCAAGAUCUCACUCAUUACCAACUAGUCAACGAUGUUUGGCACUGGUCAACAGUGGACUGGGGACGAAGGUUCGUCAGCAUGGGGUACAACUCGCUACACAAUGUGCGCACUAGGCAAAGAGAUGAGCACCCAGAGGAUGCAGACAGAGCCCAGGAUAUGCCGCAUGGAAAGCGGGUCUGGCAGUGGCUUCUUCUUUGCGAGGAUAAAACUGUGGUCUCAGUCUCCGAAGAUCCGUUUCCCUUCCACAACAACGGGCUAUGCGCAGAGGAUCUGAGGACAUUAUUCACUACACGGAGGAACCUUGUCAACGUAUUCAGGCAACUUACCAAGGCCCCUACGCCACUGAGAGAAGCUGCCUUCACUCAGCUACCCAUACGGCACCGUAUUGGCAACAGUGAAGAAGAAACUGUACAUCGUACGACAGAUGCGCCUGGACUCCUUUUCUACUACUUGUUCGAAGACUGGGGCUCCACGUUCAAUCUUAUAUCUCGAAGAGACAAAGGAUACGCCAACGAACUAGAUCGCCUGCGACAGGAAAUGCUCGUCAAAGCCAGCCUAACGCAUGUCGACCAACUUCACCACAUUGGCUGCCAGCUUGCCGUCCUCAAACGCGUGUACCAAAGCUAUGAGCUCAUCAUCGAGCGCGUCCUCAAGAAGCAAGAAGCCACCCUCGCAUCAUUGAAGAACUCUCGCAUCCUCAUGUCCGGAAUGGAGUCACUAGAAUCUUCCCAACCGCACGGCCCAAUAAUGCCUGAGGCCGACAGCUUGCUCGGUGUCUCGCUCAGCUCCGCUGCACGCGUGCGCUUCGAACGCCUCAAAGACCGCAUCAAUUUGUAUGCACUGAGCGAAAUUCAAGAAUGUCUUGACCAGAAAGAUUCACUCGUCAUGAUGAACUUCAAUCUUAUCGCCAUCAAGGAGUCCUUCUCUGUUGAGCGUCUGACCUGGGUCACGCUGCUGCUCGCCAAGAUUACCAUCUUGUUCACCCCCGUGACGCUCAUGACGGGCUACUUUGGCAUCGAGUUUAAGAAUACCCAGUUUGAGAUUGGGAACUUUUGGUGGGCGUUUGGCAUCAUAUUCGGGGUGUCGGUGGGGCUGUUGUUCUUGUUUAGCUUGGUGAGCGGGACGUUUGAAGGCAAGAUUAUUACGAAAAGCUGGAGUCGCAAGGCUGUGGAUGGGGGAUGGAAGUAUCUGGGCAAGAGGGUUAGGAAGGGCAAGUCGCAUUGA